GUCCCCAGGCAGGUGUGGCACCGAGUGCUGGCUGCAGGCCUCCAUCCUGUUGAGGGUGACGGAGGGCCGGCCUGGAGGCCCGUGCGAUGGAGGGGGAAAACGUGAAGGGGACAUCCGUGUCCAACCUGGUGACUGCGCUGGAGAACAGCAGGUACGAGGGGACUGGCAGCCACCGUGGGCCCUUCCGACCCGCAUUCCUUGGGGGCCUGCAAGGCAGGGGACCCCGAAACCAGCCUGACUACCUGCGUUAUAACUGCAGGACCUUGGGCAAGGAGCCUGAGAAGAGGAUUGUCCAGGAGCUGCUGGAGACAGAGCAGGCCUACGUGGCCCGCCUCUACCUGCUGGACCAGGCCAGUACUCGGACACUAGGGCCUCAGAGCCCAGGGACAGCCAGCCCCCGCAUCGGCGACGUGAUCCAGAAGCUGGCCCCCUUCCUGAAGAUGUACAGUGAGUAUGUCAAGAACUUUGACCGUGCUGCUGACCUGCUGGCCACCUGGACUGACAAGUCCCCGCCCUUCCAGGAGGUUAUCAGCCGCAUCCAGAGCAGCGAGGCCUCUGGCAGCCUGACCCUGCAGCACCACAUGCUGGAGCCCGUGCAGAGGAUCCCACGCUACGAGCUACUGCUCAAGGAGUAUCUCCAGAAGCUGCCUGCCCAGGCCCCGGACCGGGACGACGCCCAGAAAGCCCUGGACAUGAUCUUCUCGGCCGCCCAGCACUCCAAUGCCGCCAUCAAGGAGAUGGAGCGGCUGCAGGACCUGUGGGACGUGUACCAGCGCCUGGGCCUGGAGGAUGACAUCGUGGACCCUUCUAACACCCUGCUCCGCGAAGGCCCCGUCCUCAAGAUCUCCUUCCGCCGCAGCGACCCCAUAGAGCGCUACCUGUUCUUGGAGCUGCUGCAGGAGGCCUGGAGCAGCAAGGCCUUCCCCGAGGACGUGGUCAGACUCAUCUUCUCCAACAUCUCCUCCAUCCACCAGCUCCAUUCACAGUUCUUCCUCCCAGCGCUGCAGCGGAGGCUGGACAACUGGCCCGCGGGCCACACAUUGAAUGGGAAGGCUCUACGCUGCCUGUUCAGCUACAGGCGCCGGUCUGUGCCCACCCGGAGACUGCCGCCCGAUGAGCAGGGCUGGCAGUCCAUCACGGGGCCCUUGGGCCAGACCUGCUCCUGCCCUCUCAGAAGAUCCCCACCACCCGAGGCAGGGGCUGUGCGGGAGCUGAGUGACACAGAGUUCCCCCAUGCUUUCCUGGUGUCCGGCAAACAGCGCACUCUGGAGCUGCAGGCCCGGUCCCAGGAGGAAAUGAUUUCCUGGAUGCAGGCCUGCCAGGCAGCCAUUGACCAAACGGAGAAGCGGAACGAAAGCUUCAAGGCUGCGGUCCAGGGGUCUGAGGGAGAUGCCCGGGAGCUCGAGCUGCAGUCGGAGGAGCUGGGCCUCCGGGCACCGCAGUGGGUCCGGGACAAGAUGGUGACUAUGUGCAUGCGCUGCCAGGAGCCCUUCAAUGCCCUGAGGCGCCGUCGCCACCACUGCCGUGCCUGCGGCUACGUGGUGUGUGCCAGGUGCUCAGAGUACCGGGCCGAGCUGAAGUACGACGACAACAGGCCCAACCGCGUGUGCUGUGACUGCUACGUGUUCCUCACGGGGAACAUACUCCCCAAGGACAAGGAGGACAAGAGGCGGGGCAUCUUGGAGAAAGCAUCGGAGCAGGGCCUAAUGUGCGGCUUCCUGCAGCUUCUCGGGGGCAAGUGGGACAGGAGCGGCCCCCGGGCCUGGGCCGUCAUCCCCUGGGACGACCCCCUCGUCCUCUACAUCUACGCUGCCCCACAGGACACACGGGCUCACACCUCCAUCCCCCUGCUGGGCUACCAGGUGACUGCUGGGCCCCAGAUGGACCCCCGGGUCUUCCAGCUGCAACAGUCGGGCCAGCUGUACACGUUCAAAGCUGAGACCAAGGAGCUGAGGGACCGCUGGGCACAGGCUGUGGAGCGAGCGGCCCGCGGCCAAAGCCCCGACGGGACUGAAGGGGACCUGUCUGACUGAGUGGCCGCUGCUGGCUCGCCUGGCCCACCUCUCCCCACACGCCCUCCCUCUGCCACCGCUGACCCGUGGUCCUCCAGACCCACCCUUCCGCUUCUGCUUUCAAAUGCUAGACUGUGUGCCCUGAUUUGGGAUUGAGAAAACAGGGAUUCACACCUUGGGAAAGGAGUGACCAGGGGCCCUGGUUUGGGGGGUUGAGGAAUUGCUGGACCCCGAAACUUUCAGGGCUCAAACUGUAAAAGUCCAGCGUAUAACCCAGGACCGCGUCAACCAGCGAGCCUCCCCAGCUCUGCGCAUUGACAUCACUGGGGAUGCCUGCCUCCCCCCACCAACGUCUGAUUUAAUUAGCUAAUUAGUCUAGAAGUGGGAAGCCCUGUGCUCUUUCAGGAGUCCCACAUGCCAUCCCCAUCUCGUGUGCAGCCUGAGUACCCGGAAGGAGAAAGAGGGCAGACCACCAGUGAGAAGCAUUACCCGGUGCACGGCCAACCACCAAUAAACACCUGCUGGUGACCGAGCACUGCCCAGUGUGGUGCAAGGCCAACCACCAAUAAACACCUGCGGGGCCCGUC